CCCCCCUCCCUCCCUCCUCCUCCGGUCUGUCUAUCUGUCUGGUAGGCGGCUCCGCCAAGUCUGCUCCGCGCUGUCGCGGGACCUGGAAGGUGAGCGCGGAGCAGCAGGUCGAAGCUGAGCCCCGGACCCCCCCGGGGACAGAACAGGCGGCUGUCAAGAGCUAUCAAUCCUUCUUUACUCAGUAAAGUAAGACCUAUUGCAUCCAUUGGAGCUUAUUUCCAGAUGGAAGCAGGAGUUGGAUUUAAGCUUCUUCAGUUAGUUUAGGUUCCCAGUUAUAAUUCUGUGAAAGUUAGCCUCUCCGUAACAAACCUGAGCCGUGUGUGGAACUGGAGCACCUGAUAGAGCAGUGAUAACACCAUGGAAAUCAGUUUACUGAAGACUGCAAUGGAACGAUUUGACGUGAAGCCACCUCCCUCCCGGAGCCGUUCUAAAACCGCUUUGUAUGUGACUCCUCAGGAUCGCGUUACUGAAUUUGGCAGCGAACUGUAUGAAGACGGGGGGAAACUGUACUGCACGUUCUGCAAUGUGGUCCUGAAUCAUGUUCGCAAGUCGGCCAUCAAUGACCAUCUCAAAUCCAAAACGCACACCAAACGCAAGGGGGAGUUUGAGGAGCAAACUGUCAGGAAGAAACCACGAACUCUGACUGCCUCUUUGCAGUGCAACAGCGCAGCCCCGCCAGAGAAGCCCGGUGUCGUCCAGGACUUUGUAAAAAUGUUUCUGGAAGCUAGCAUUCCCCUCGAGAAGGCUGAUCACCCAGCUGUGCGAGCUUUCCUCUCUCGCCACGUGAAGAAUGGGAACUCCAUACCCAAGGCAGACCAGCUAAGAAAAACCUACUUGCCUGAUGGGUAUUCACACCAGCUUCUCAAGUCUGAAGACCACUGAGUGGAGGAGGCCACUUGGUUCUAAGUGUGGAGUAUUAACAGUUGCAUAGCAGUGACGUGGUUUAUUUUUAUAUUCAUGCACAUGCAAUGUUACGUAAUGGUUUUUGUAUUGUAAAAUGACAAUCUAUUGCAAAACGCAACGGCGUGCAACAAAUUGUUGGUGGCUCUAGUAUUACAAGAGUUUGGAUCUAAAAUGUUGUUGAGCUCCUUGAGUGGGGGGAAAUGGCAGAAAGGUGCCAUGUUGCUGAGUUUGUACAGUCCAGUGCUAAAUCAUUAUUGUAGAAAAAUUCCUUUGCUCGCUUUUCAUCCUCCUGCAUUACCUGAUAAUUGCAAAUGAUCAAAUUAGGCAUGGUCAAACUCAGUAGUCUAAUUUCUGGCUUUAACAUGUAUUCAUAUAUGCCCAAUAUGCAUGCCCCGUAUUUUCAGCAUAAAUUUAUCUCCAGCAUAGCUAUACUUAGGGAUGCCAAAGCAAUCCUGCAGGCUUGAUUUCCAAUGCUACUGUUUCCGUUUUUCUGGUUUGCGCUAUUAUCCUGAACCCACUUUCUGUCUCAUUCUAUGUGAUUUACAUUCUGUUGGAUGGAGAAGUUUUAACUGGUGGCUGGAUGUGCAAACUUGCAUAGCUAUUGAGGGUUGAAAGGAUGUAGAUGCACAUCCCAUUGAAAGCCAAGGGUAGCAUCUACUGUUGGAUGCUCAUUCUGCUGAGCAUCCCUUUCGUACACAGUCCUGAAAGCAAGAGUAUAUGACAUACUCCACAGAAUUAAAGGAGCAAUUUUCCCACAUCCCUAAUUAUACUACAGAUCAGAGGAAAGCUGCAGGACUGUAAGAGUAGUUACACAGUCAGCUGCCUGUAGAUGGCAAUGUUUUGCAAAUAAUGGAUAUAAGGAGAAGUUGUCUAAUGUGCAUUUCCAUUGCUCCCUGUUUAAUUUCAAAGCUGGCUCAAAUAGGUGGUUGGGUUUUUUUAAAAUCUAUGUGAAUAUCUCAUGUUUUUGAACUUUGCACAGUUUAGGGCUAUGUAAGACGAAUUCCUAGAGUUACUGAUACCUUUUGCUUCACUGUCUGUUGUCUUUUUCUUUAUGAAAUGUUUUCCAAGGAGCAAAGCAUUAUUAGGAAUUUGUAAUUCAUGACUAAAAUAUUUCUUCAUGCAUUAGCUAACAGCAAUUCCUGAUCCUACCACAGUUAAGCACUUUUGGUUCCCAUUGAUUAGAAUGGGAGAGUUUACCAUAACUGUCUUUUCUAUUGAUUGAGUUUUUAAAUGCAUAACUUUUAAAAGCAUCAUGCCCCAGACAUUUUAGUUUUUCUUGGUGGAAUUGCAAAGGAAGCAAAGUAGCUUCUUAUUUCUGGCCGGUUUUUU